AUGAGUAGUAUUAUUAACAAGAGUGGAACACGUUUUACACCCAAAAUAAGACAGCGUCGUACUGUCACAACCACACCGACGGCUACUCCAUCGCCCAGAGUUUUACCUAUCGAGAAGGAACAUGAAGAAGCAGAAGGAGAAGAAGAAGAAGAAGAAGAAGAAAGGGAUAGACAUAAGGAUGGUGAUUCAGUCGACAAUGAAAAUGUUGCUGAUGAUCUUAACGGACCUACACAAGUAGCAGCUACACAAGAAAUUUCACCACUACAAUCAAGUACACAGACCAAUGCACCUCCAGGUUCUCCCAAAUCAACUUCACGUUUAUCAGUAUCGCAAUCAACUAAAAAAUUUAGAUCAGGGAGAUUGGCAUCGUUGAGUAAAGCGGGUAAUGCUUCCAUUUUCAAAUCUAGUUUUAAUGAGGAUGCCAAAGCAUCCACUGCUGGUGUUAUUCAAGUGGGGAGAAGAUUAUCUACUAUUGCUACUAGUAGUUCCGUAUUGAAGAAAAUAAAAUUGAAUGCUACCAUUGCAGAAAACGAUGCCACUUUACAAGCUCUGAAAAGACGUAGGAUGUCAAGUAGGACUUCCAUUUCAAAGAAGUCAGGCUCUGUACAUCGAAUUAGUAUUCUCUCUAAGACUCAAGUUUCCAAUGGUGAAACUUUAUCUUCCAAACCAUCAUCUAAAUCCCCGACUCCGACAGUUAAUGGUGUAGCGACGGCGACUGCGAUUAAGAAGGAUAGUUCUGAUGAUCUUUUCCAAAAGACUGAUGAUUUAUAUGCCAAUUAUACUAUUAAGAAUGUAAAGGAAAUUCCAAGAAAUAUUCAAGAUGAAGAUUCGGAACGAUAUUUGAUAGAUGAGGAACAAUUUACUAUUGCUGAGUUAUGUAAGGCCAAUUUACCCAUUGGUAAGACAUCAGAUAAUUUUGUUCGUGCCAAAUUGGCCACUAAGGCUAAAUUGGAUAAGAGGAAACAAAAAAGGGAGAUGAGGAAGCGUGCUCGUGAAGAAUUUAGGUCUUUAAAUUCUUUAACUAAAGAGGAAGAGGAUGAAGAGAAAGAGAAUCGUAAAUUGGCAGCAGAGAAAUUAUUAAACACAGAUGUUCCUGAUUCUUAUAGACCACAUGCAGCCAUUCAAUUAAAAUUAAGUGCGGAUGGUACUUUAGCGGUGGACGAGGAUUCCACAGUGGUAGAUCGACAUAAGAAUGCCAGUUUAGAGAAUGCUCAUAAGCAAAAAGUGGAUGAGAAUCCAUUUGAAAAUUUGUACAAUUCACACACGUAUGGUAGAAAUCGUUAUACUGAUCCUUGGACCAUUGAAGAAUUGAUUAAAUUUUAUAAAUCAUUAUCCAUGUGGGGGACUGAUUUUAAUUUAAUUGCACAAUUGUUCCCCUAUAGAACGAGGAGACAAGUGAAAUCCAAAUUUAUUAGUGAAGAAAAGAAACAUCCUGUGAUGAUUGAAUUAGCUCUUCGAUCUAAAUUACCUCAAAAUUUUGAUCAAUAUUGUACUGAUAUUAGAAAGGAUAUUGGUACAGUGAAUGAUUUUAAUGAAAAGAUGGAAGAAUUACAGAAGGAGCACGAGGAGAAUUUGAAAGCCAUCGAACGUGCGAAGGAGACAGCCAAGUUGGAGGAUCAAACACAGUCGCAAUCGCAAGUUAAUGCUGAUGGUGAUGGUAGGGUCAAGAGGCGCGGUGUUGUCCAUAAUAAUAAGAAGAAAGAGGUUGUGUUGGGGACGAUUGAUGAUUUCAAGAAGAUGCAGAAGAGGGAGAGUGGUGAUGAGGAUGAAAGUAGUGAUGAUGAGGAAGAGGAAGAAGAAGAGGAGGACGAGGAGGAUGCUGAAAAGGACGAAAAACCUGAGAAAUGA